AGGGACACCCCAAACACGCCAGGUGGUCAGACACACCCCAGCCCCUCCCAGGGACCCCCACCCCAGGGUAUCCCCCCCGGUCCCCUCACCCUGGGGGUCCCGGGCUGUGUCACCCCCGGGGGUCCCCAGUGUCCCCCCCUCCCCAGGGACCCGUGGGUUCGCUCUCCCGGGCCUGGCUGGCACCGAAGCUCCCGGGGGCUCUGGGCACCCCCUUGUCCCCGUCAUUGUCCCCCCGGCCCCUGCUGUCCCCGAGGGGGUGGCAGUGCCCCCGGCCGUGUCCCUCGGCCCGCGGGGACACCGGGGGUGCCCCAAGGGACCACGGGCGGCCCCCGCCCCGGCCGGCGGGCUGGUGGCACCGGCGGGGUCCCCGUGUCCCUCCGUCACCGGCACCGUCUCGUUCCAGGCUCAGCGAGGGCGUGCGAGGCUCCGAGGCCGCGGGCGGGAUGCGGGGUCCCGGCGCGUCGCUGUGCGCGCUGCUGUGCCUGGCCGUGGCCGUGCCGGUGGGCGGGGGUCGCCCCGUGCGCCUCGAGAGGGUCCGGGCGGACGCGCGGGCCCUGACCCGGACCCUGAGCGCGCGCCUGCAGCAGCUCCAGCUGUUCCCGCUGACCCUGCGCAUCUCGGGCCUGGAGGGGGUCCCGGAGGGGGCGCUCCCGGAGGGGGGGCCGCCCCCGGGGCUGGGCUGGGCCGCCCAGCGGCUCCAGCUGUUCCAGCGGCUGCUGGCGGCGCUGCCCGGGCCCGACGCGCGCCUGGCGCAGGUGAGCAACGACCUGGAGAACCUGCUGGGCGCGCUGGGCGUGCUGGGCGCGCUGCUGGGCUGCCCCGCGCCGCCCGCGGCCCCCGCCCCGCACGCCGAGGCCCCGCACACGCUGGCCGGGGUGGCCCUGGCGCGGCUCCGCGGCUGCCUGGACGGCGUCGCCGCCCGCCUCGAGGGGGUCCCCGCGUGCUAGCGACCCCCGGGACCCCCGGGAGCCCCGGACAGCGCCAGGACCCCGGCGGGGCUCAGCAGGACCCUCAGACGGGACCGGGAGCACUUGGGGACACCAGAGCGACUCCCGCUGCUGCCCGCACCUUUUUCUACAACAUCACUGUUACUGCUUUGUUAUUAUUACUGUUACCGUUAUUAUUAAUUUAUUUAACUUAAAGCCCCUUUUCCAGCAGCCUCGGGCGUGUCUCUGAUGACUCUGGGGACAAGGGACAACCCUGGGGACAUCAGCCACAAAGGACAAGGGACUCCCCUGAGAAAUGGGAUCCACAGGGGUCCCCAGGUGCCCCAAA